UGGUUUCUGUUUCUCAGCAGUAACAUGAAGAUGCAGAGCCCCCACAACCUGCUGUUCCUCCUGUGCAUCCCCCUGAGUUGUGUUUCCAGUGCACGGUUGAUCCAUGUGUCUGGAUAUGAGGGGAGAGAAGUAAAUGUAUCCUGUCCCUAUGGAGGGGGUUUUGAGUCUUUUGAGAAGUACCUGUGCAAGAAUGACUGUGGCAACACUGAUGAUGUUCUAAUUACAACGACACAAGCAAAGAGGAACAGGUACUCCCUCCGUGAGGACAAACAGAGACGAAUCAUCAAAGUAACCAUUUCUGAUCUGAGACGUACGGAUACUGGGACAUACUGGUGUGGGGUGACAAGGGCUUUUAAGGAUGUCUACCCUGCUGAAGUAAAACUGGAGGUAUUGCCAGUGUGGUGCUGUGUGAAAUCAAACAAAUUGAGCGGCAUUGUGGGACGUCCAGGAACUUUGCAGUGUCCAUACCCACCACAACACAGGCAUAACAGGAAGUUCCUCUGUAAGGGAGACCACCAUAACAACUGUACAGACAUGGUGACGAGUCAGAGCAGGUUCACGCUGCAAGAUGACGUUUCUUCCAGCUCUUUCACGGUGCUGAUCAUGGAGCUGAGAGCAGGGGAUGCUGGGACAUACUGGUGUGGUUCAGACUCACAGUGGAGUCCUGCUGACUACACACAGAUUCAGCUGUCACUAGUCAUUCCACCACUGACCAGCACUGUGACCCCUGACAUCACUGUAGAACCUGUUGGAUCACAAUCAACACAUAUCCCUGACAAACACAUCAAAGAUGUUUCACCUGUUCUCGUAGUGGUUUUUGUUGUACUUGCUGUACUCCUGAUAUUGGCAUUUACCCUGGUCGUAAUUUAUAAAUGCCACCGGAAAGGACAAGAAGUCAGCUUGAGCAGAAAUAUAACAAAGACUGCUGAAGCAGAAGAAACGAUGUAUGAAGUUCAAGGAGAUGUAGCGUGCUCAACCAUGGGCUCCUCCAAGCAACAGAGCAUGUUGUACCAUAACAAGGCAGGUGAAGACCAACAAGAGUCUGUGUAUCAAAACAUCACCAGGGCAGAGGAUAUCUACUGUAAUCUGUAACAACAGCUCAACAGUGUCUGUAUUGUCUCAGAGAGCAGCUGACCAACACACAUUCAUGUCUAAUUGUGUUCAUACCUUAAUUGUCUCGACCAGGUUGGCCUUUGUGAUUAAUCUAUACCAUGAGAGAUAUUUGGUGCUGUAACUCAUAUUCAUGGCUUUAUUCUGAUUUUGCUCAGGCUCUUUUACUUUCACAUUUAUCAUGAUUUCUAAGUGUUAAUAGGGCCUUGUGGUCCUGUUCAGUGCUGUUUCUGUACCAGACUGUGAUGAUCCCUGUCAGCACAACACUGUCUGUUCAUACAGUCAUUCUGCUGAUGUUUUGGGGUCAACAGGAGUGUAAGCUCAGGACCCACUGUGCUUUGGUAAACUAAAAGGAUGAGAAAUUAAACACUGAAGUAUAUAAUCUAGAAAAAGGGUAGGCAACCUGCAGCUCUGCAGCCCCAUGCGGCUCUUUAGACCCUCUCCAGUAGCUCCCUGUGGCUUUGAAUUAAAUUAUCUGGAAAUGAAUAAUGGUUAUUUUUUAACAUCAGGAUUUUCAUUUGUCAUUAUACUUGGCCUAAAGUGAUUACUGCAUUCUACAUUUGUAAAAAUGUGUAACAUAUACAUCAAAUUAAAAAAUGUUUGAAUGUU